AUGCCGCGUAGAACUAAACGUAAAGCUGCGACAGCUGCUGAUACAGAUGAUGGCAAUGAAUCGACAUCUUCAACAUCUUCAGUCACGAGGCGCCAAGAGCGUACAGCAGCACCUCAAACCGAAGACUCCCCUGCCAAACACACCCGAAGACAAGAGCACAUGAAAAGAAGUGUCAGUGCUACUGCUGCGUCAUCUGAUGUGACUGAAAGUGAAAAUGUAGCUACAACCUCGGCCAUCUCACCUCCUGUAGAAAUCCCUCGGUUGACCAAGAAAAAAACGAACGUGCAGCAAUCGGCAGCUCCUCCACCUCGGAACCAAUCCCCAAGCAAUAGCACAGAAAGUCAAGAGCAGGAACAGCCUCGCUUCCCGCAGAAAGAGACUGAAUUCAAAACCCGGAAGUCCAUGCGUCGAAUGCUCACUCAGGAUGAAGAGGACGAUCUCGUGACGUGGCUGAGGGAGCACACCUUUCUGUACGAUAAGUCAUCUGCCCAGUUCAAAAUGAGAGAAAAAAAGAGCAGGACAUGGCGGGAAAAGGAGGACGAAUUGGACUUGAAUCCCGGAGAUCUGUCAUCGAUUUGGUAUCUCAACAUGAGAACCCUGUUUUCCAGACUCAUCAAGACAUCUCGCAAGUCAGGAUCUGGUGCUGCAGAGCGAACAGCAAGACAGGAAUGGAUUCUGAACAAAUUUGAAUUCAUCCGGCCAUACCUGGUUCAGUUGCGUCAUCAGAGAGGAUCCAAUUUUGCUGAAAAGAGGAAGGAGCUUGCCCCAGAGGAAACAGAUGAUGAUGGUGAUACCGCUUCAAAAAGCAGCUAG